GACGCGCGCUUUUUUUUUUGGAGAAUAUUUGAUCGAAAUGUGAUUUUCGUUUGAUUGCUCUUCGAGUAAGUUCAAUAUGGCCCAAGAGCGAUCCAUUCCAGGAUGCCCUUGGGCAUUCGCUGACGAUAUGAGAGCAAUUAUUGACAAGAAAGAAUUCAGGUUUGUAAUGAACUAAAUAUCACGUUUGUUGUUCAAACUUGGCAACUGGUUGUUUGUCUUUUAUUUGAUCGUGACAGGUAGUCAUUGACAACUUGCCAAGUCCUUGCCAAAAUUAACUUUACUUAAAUCUUAAAUCUUCACAUUCUCAUUGUAAGAUAAAUUUGGAUUGUACUCGAAUUUAUCUAAAUAUCAAAGGUGAGAAGAAAGAGUGGGCUGUGGGUAAUUAUCGAGCAAGACAUUAUUAACAGUCACUGUCAACCGUUUAAGAGGUAUUUUGAUCAAUACAAAUUACUAAAAUAAGAAAGAACACAGUGUAUGUGAUCUUGUUGUCAAUGAUUAAAAGCCAUAUUUUUCAUAUUAUGUACUGUCUGCAGUGAUGUGAAGUUCAUUGUCGGAGCAAACAGAAAAGUAGUUCGAGCCAACAAAGCAAUACUAAUGGCUAGGUAUGUAAGACAUCAUGAGUGUAACUAAUCGCUGAUAUUGUUAGGCCCAGUUCAGACGCCAUACAUCAGGUGAACUGAAUCAAAUUCAGUAAAUUAAGUUCGUGUCAAAUACAGCGUCUAAACCAAUUAAAAAAUAUAUCGAAUUGAUCAUGAAUGUGGAUCAGCUCAGCUGGGUUUGUGGACCAGCGUUGAUUCAGAUCAGGGGCAUCCAAUGAGAAUAUAGUUCAAAACCACUUAAACAUAGCAUUGUUGAAUGUAUUUUAGUAUUUAAACGUUAGAUAGAGGCAUAUUUUUAUCCCCAAAAAAUUUUUCAUCUGUUUGGAUUUCCUAGCUGAAAGUCUAGUGAUCCGAAAAUUUUAGGUAUAAAAACUUACCUUUUCGAAAAUUUCAGCCAGAAAAAAGGCUCCCGAAAAUUCUAGGUGACCUUUUUAGAGUAAAAAUGCAUUAAAAAUGGGCAAUUAUACCAUUUUUUAGAUGUUCGAAAAUCCUAGGGGAGGCAGGCAAGCAAGAAAUUUUACAAAAAAUGUUCCGAAAAUUCUAGAUCUCAAAUCGUCUUCCGAACAGAUAUUUUCUGAAAAUUGACGUUGGGUGCCCCUGUCAGAUGCUGGACUUUACAUGAGUCAAACCAAAAGCAAUGAAUGCAUAAUUUUUCAUGCAUGACUGAAAUGCAUAUUUUUCCCCUUUUGAAUUUAUGAUAGUUCUAGUAGGCUGUCGUAGUUGAUUAGAAGUCUGAGUGACAACCAAAUUGUCAUAACUUGGUCUAGGAGUGAUCGAGGAUGAUGGAGGUUUGACUGCGUAGUAGUCUGAGAAAACAGCUAACAUUUCACGAUGUUACUGCUGGUUUCCCCCAAACCCCCAAAAAGAUGUCUAAGGAAAAACUGCAAAAAUUCCACUCUGGUGAUGUGUCACGACCCAGGUCUGGGUUGUGCUUCUGAUUGAUUGAAACUUUGUAAAUUUCCUUCGCGGCCUUACCAUUCAAAAGCACCACCCAGAUCUGGGUAGUGACACUUUAUUUCUGUGCUUUUUCUCCUCAGAAGUCAUUUUGUAGGGAAACCAGCAGUGACACCAUGAAAUGUUGGCUGUUCUUCUCAGACUAACUGUGUUGUCGACUUGUGUGAUAAGCUGCUGCAGCAUGCAAAGAAAGUAGUGUCUGAUAGCCCGGGGCUAGUGUAUUUUCUAUCAGGCUAGUAAAUUCUGUUCUUAACUUGCCUGAUGGGCAAGGGAAGUUUUUUGAGGAAUUCAAAUUACAAAAGAACUGUGAAAUCAAUUCUGCUCAUCAAAAAGUUUUUGGGGCUAGUUGAAAUGACGUUUGGGCUAAAUGUAUCCAUUCUUUAAGUUAGAAAAUAGCCUCAAAUGCUUUCGUUCUUUGAAAGAUUUCGUUGAUUUACAACAGUUACAAAAUCUCGAUCUUCAGUGGGCGAGACUGACACGCAUGCUGCCGGCUGCCUUAUGUCUCGUAAAGGAAUGGAUAUUCAUAUUUAAGAAUGGCAAGCUGUAAAAUGACUUUCUUUGCACUCUGUAGCUGUCAUUUUUUUCUAUUGGUCACUAAUUCCACCUGCAAUAUUCUUAACAGAUAAGUACUUAGUUGUUCACCCCUUCUCUUUUAAUAAAGGUGUGAAGUUUUCAAAGCAAUGCUGUUGGAUCAAAAAGACAAUGCCAGACAGAAACCUGAUCAACAGGAUGUACCGCUUGUUCUGGCCGAUGUCACACCUGAAGUCUUUAUGUCUCUUCUGGAAUUUCUUUACACCAAUACAUGCACUUUGAACAGUAAAAACGUGAGUCUGCUUUGUUCCUUUGUCCUUGUGGGGGAGGGUUGGUGAGUUUACACAAGAAGGCAACUUCCCUUCCUCCCCUCCCUUGGGAUCAAUAUUAGAUAAUUAAACAAAUAAGACCACUGUUUUCAUGAUUUUUGUAAAUAUUGUAAAAUGAUCCUUGCUUAAAACUGGAAUGGGCAAUUUUGGACCACCUGAAAAUCUAGCCUGUAUAGCAGGAGCAUGAAAAAUGUUGUGGGACUUACAGUGUGUCCAGCGAGCCCCAGUCUUUAUAGCUCCCUAAAUUUUUCAUGUUCCAAUCUUUCAUUUUUCAUGUUUCAAUCUUACAAAUUUUCACAUUCCAAUCUUACAUUUUUCACGUUCCAAUCUUUCAUUUUUCGCAUUCCCAUCUGUCUUGUACAACCCUCCAAGUUAAAGUUUUUGCUUGGUUGCCAACUCUUUUGGUUUAGGGAGACCCUUUUACAAAUCAAGUCGCCAGCUCCAGAAUUUUAGAUGCCAUGGCGACCAAAAUGGUUACUACUUGGGGGUUGUUGUACCCUAUAUUUUUCAUGUACCUUCACUCUAUUGAAGUAUAAACUUGCCUGAUAAUAAUGUAAUUUUCUUGUAGGUAAUGGAUAUAAUGGGGUGUGCCAUGGAAUACAAUCUGGAGCAACUUCAAAAGGUGAUUUGCUGUGAUUUCUUUCAUAUUCGUCAGCUAAUUUACAUGUUAAACUUGCCACAAGACUACCUCAUGAGUUUUACAGCAGAAUAGCUAUAAAGUGAGCGGACUGAGUUUAUUAGGCCUCAAAGUGGCCAAGGGAACGAUUGAGUAAUGAGUGCUCAGGGCUCGAAAAGAGUGCCGUCUGGAGGUCUGGGGCGAGUAACUUUUAAAACUCUCUCACAUCCUCUAACAAAAUCAUUAAUUAAGACAAGCAAGAAGCUAAGUGUUCCCAGGAAAGCACUGGAAGUCAAGUUUAGUUAGAUAGAUAGAUAUUCUGUUUACUUCACCCACUUGCAGCAAUAACUGAAUUGUUGGGGAAGGUCAUUGUCAGAAAGUUUCAGUAACAAACAGGCAGCCACUUGUAAAAUGGUUUUUGUCCUUAUUUUUUCGCACCAAUUUACGUUAAUUGUAAACGUUGUAAACCUUAAUCAAAUCAUCAAAAUUAAAGAAUUAUCUGGUAAAACCAAGUUGAUGUCCAUCAUGGAAGUUGGACCCACAGCUUCUGUAUUCCUCAAGCCCAGUGGAGGACCACAUGCUGGAAAACAAAACCACACUCAAAAAUACUAAAAUGAUGGAUUUUUGUGUGGAUAUGUGACUCCACUCAUCAAUUUUGAAACCCUGGCUGACUUUUUCUUUUUGUUUUGGUAGAUUUGUGAGCAGUUCAUUGGUGAAACACUGGCAAUAGAGACAGCCUCUGAAGCUAUGCAGGUUUGUAAAUGCAUAUGUUUUAUAGUUGGUUCAAAUAUUACUCCCCUCGCUUCAAACAUUAUCAUGCAUUAUCAUACCCCUAAACAACCAACAAUAUAAUAAUAUUUGACACUCACUCACUCAACCUCUUCAUCCUAACUUGGACAUAAGGCCUUCAUAUGUUGACACUCAACCCCAUCCUGGGCCCCUGCGCUCCUAGGCAGGCUUUGGGACAGCCCUCCAAGUUGGGACCAUUUUGGCUAACCCUAAAAUUUUGGAGUUGGCACAUUUGACUAAACCAAAAGAGUUAAAUUUUUUAACUUUGAGGGUUGAAGGGUAAAAUUUACUAACAACAUGGAAAUCACAUGGUUAGAAAAUAUUACAUGUAUCACAUUUGCAUGUAUAUAGAUCCCUUGUUAGCUCAGUUGGGAAAGUGCCGGUCUGUUGAGCAGGAGGUCGUGGGUUCAAACCCUGGCCAGACCAACACUCAGGGUCUUUGAAUAACUGAGAGGAAAGUGCUGCAUCUAGUAUUCUUGGAUAAGAACGAAAAGCAGUGGGUUCCGUCUCACAGCACUUACACUUAUCUGGUUUUCAUGGGAUGUAAAAGAACUCACAUCACUGUUGAAAAAGAGUAGGGGACAUAGACCCUGGUGGUGUGGCCAACCUUUCCUGGGCUGGGUGGGUUCUCUGUAAGGAGAGAUUUUAAUAUAGGGAUAGCGUCAGUCAUGAUCCCCCGUCAGGAGUCGUAAUGGCCACCUGUAGACAGUGUAUGUACGUAUGUAUACGUGUGUUACAUGUAUGCACAUGUAUGCGUUUUUUGUAGUGUGUUUUAUUUAUUGAGCCCAGAUGGUUUGCCAGAGACAUCUUUACCAAAACAUUCAUGCACAUAUUCUUCUUUUUGUGUAGAUCGCUGUUACUUAUGGACAGGAAGAGUUAAGAGAACGUUGCUUAGAAUUCAUUGAAGAAAACACCGAGAGUGUUUUCAGAACAAAAGGUUUUCACGAGUUGUCGGAGGAGGCUUUGGCACAACUACUCCAAAGUGAUAAGCUGAUGAUGGAUGAGUUGGAGGUUCUUGCAGCCGUGAGGGAAUGGGCCACAGUCAAUUCUGUAAGGCACAAACGUUUUAGGAAGUGGCACCCAACGGCAAUUGUUGGAAAAUAUCUGUUCGGAAGACGAUUUGAGAUCUAGAAUUUUCGGAAAAUUUGUUGUUAAAUUUCUUGCUUGCCUGCCUCUCCUAGGAUUUUCGAACCCCCCCAAAAUGGUAUAAUUACCCAUUUUUAACGGAUUUUUACCCUAAAAAGGUCACCUAGAAUUUUCGGGAGCCGGCUGAAAUUUUCGAAAAGGUAAGUUCUGAUCCCUAUAAUUUUCGGAUCACUAGACUUUCAGCUAGGAAAUCCGAACAGAUGAAAAAGUUUUAGCGGAUAAAAAUAUGCCUACAUCUACUGUUUAAAUACUAAAACGUUUAACAAUGCUAUGUCUAAGUGGUUUUGAACUAUAUUCUCGUUGGGUGCCCCUGAUUAGGGAGCUGAAGCAACAACGACAGUGACGGCUACAAAAACAUCACUUAACAUCACUCGGUUAUUCCAUUUCGUUCUCUCAAACGUUGGCAAAUUUUUGUGGCGUUGAAUUCCAAAAAAACUGUAUAGAAGAUCAAGAAAAUUUAAAGAAAGUCGUUUUCUUGUGUUCACGUCCUCGACAAAACGUAAAAUUAGCCACUUUCACGUCGUAGUCGUGCAGUGGUGGCAGAGAAAUGUACCAAAAAUCGUGAUGCACGUGCAAAGUUGUUGUUUUGUUGAUCUAAACCUAUUGCUUUUUUGCCGUUUUCGUUGCCGUCGCCGUCAUCGAUGAAUUAUUAGGGAGUUUUCGCAACGACGACGGCGACGGCAGCGAGACCGUCAAAACAGCAAUAGCUGUAUUAAGAAAAACAACAGGUUUGCACGUGCAUUACACUUUUCUGUUCAUUUCUUAGCCGUUACUGCACGAUUACGACGUGAAAAUGCCUAAUUUCACGUUUUAUGGAGGAUGUAAACAAGCGACCGCGAAAUUUUCUUUCUCUUUCUUAACUUGAAUGUGGUCCCCAAGAAAUCAACUUCUAGAAAAAUUUGCCUACCUUAGACAUUUUCAGCGAAUUGGAAGAAACGCGAAAAAGUUUGAAAAAACGCCAAUUCAUUUUAAAAGUGACGUUUUCGUUGCCGUCGCCGUCGUCGAUGCUUAAACUCCCUAUUAACUUUGUGCAUACUACUUCGAUCUUCCAUCAGAUUUGCACUCCUCAAGUAAACUUUUAUUCUGAUUAGGUUAAAGGAGCUGUGUCACGAAAUUUAUCAAAAUUCAAACGGUGAGAACUGCCACCAAACGAAAAUGAAAAAAACAUUGCUCAAGUUAUUAAAAUAGUGAAUAAAUAACACAACAAAUACAAAAAGAGACGAAUGGAAAAACUGGAAGAAGACUAAAACGGAUUGCAAUUGUGCUUUUUGAAAACCUGUUCGCCUAAAAGGUUUUCAAAGUUCAUUUUUGUUGCUUGUGACCUUUGGUAUAAUGGCUCACGAAGCUGAUAUUUUUCAUUCACGAGUAAUUUCUCAAGUUUCAAGGCCGUUCAGCGAAUAAGGAUGAGUAACUGGCAUUGCUUUUUUAAAAAAAACUGAACUAGCCAACCGUGACACAGACCCUUUAUACAUCUUUUCUGCUUACGUGUACGGGCAGGCGGACGUAUUGUGAUGUGUAUAUAAAAGGCGGCAACAGAUGUGAUGCCUGGUAGUCUAUCCAUUUCUCCGGGACUAUAAAGAGACAGCAAUCUACUCGUAUACAGCUAUUUCGAGAAAGGCUGUCGGAAAAAAAUGUGCACGCGACAAUCCCGAAAGGUGAUAUGGGAUAUGAUCAAUACCACUGUUCCUGACACUGAAGUUGUCGAAACUACUUUUAUUGAUUUCGUUUAGCUCUUGCAAACAUUCGUCCGGCCUUUUCGUGCCAUUCUUUCAAAUUCUUUUGAGGAACAGUGAACUCAAAACCACCCAAAUACCUUUCGGGAUCGUCGCGUGAACUUUUUCCCACAACCUUUCUCGAAAUAGCUGUAUACGGCCACAGAUACAUUCAGUACGUAUGGUCCGUUUCUUUUUUGUGUUUCUUAUUACAGGUUGUUCUUGGUAAGUCAGUAGCUGAGGUUGCUCAGAAUGUGAUCAAACAUGUUAGACUGUCAUUACUAACACCAGAAGAACUGAAACAAGUUGAACAAGAAAACGAGAAAGACAAAAUGAUUCCGGUUAGUGCAGGUCUAUAGUCUAGAGUCCUGAAUCUAGCCUGCGUAGCGUUUGUGGCACCGCAGUUUUAUCGGAAAGCGCACGCGCGAGAAUCAAGCGGUGACGCCGCGAGGGGAAUGAAGAAAACGUAAUACCCGGUAGUGAGACUUUUUUCGCGACUCCGGCUUCCCCGCUCGUUCGUGCGCGUUCCUUACGAAAUUUUAAGUGGAAUAACGGGUUCACGAAUGUUUCAGCUAGAAGGCUUGAAUAAUUACUCAAUAAACUGAAUUAACGCAUAUGCUUCAGGAAAAUGCCGCGCGGCUUACUGUCAAUUUGAUACCUCCUCGAGAGGAAGUUCUCUUUCUUGCAGUUUUAAAUCUAUUCAUACCAUCUGUUCACACCAGUCUUUAUUUUCGUUCUAGAUUAAACAAAUUUCCGAAGCGUGGAAAUAUCAUGCGCUGAGGAAAUCGCCCAAACAUGGCGCCACAGUCCCAAGGCCACGUCCGCGCAGAGGAACCAAGCCACGAGAAAUGUACACAGAGGUCCACUAAGUCCAUUCAUAUCCUGAGCCUCUGGAAAUAAGGACCAUCGCCAGAUACCGUAAAUGGUUCCUUUCCUCUCAGGCCCUAAGAAGUUGGACCCCAGCGCACGGCGGCGUAAUGAGGCAUUUCCAGAGGAAAGUACUGUUUAAUAGCUUUUAAUGGUUGCGGCUUCCGAAGCCAAUUUACUCAGUCUAGUCAUGGAUUAAGGGACAUCUAAAGUUUCUUUUUCUUUUGUUUCAAAAUGUUUUCAUUCCGUGAAUGGUUAAAACGGUUAGUUUUUAGAGUGGUGUGGUGCCGUCAGUAACGAAACGAAUCGCAGAAAUGUGACUUUUCUCAGCUGAGUCGUUAAAGCAAAUUGGCCGCCUAAGGCUAGGAAUUCAUAAGUUUACCUUUCUCGCGCGAGCCCAUAUCGAAUUCUCUGGGAAGAAGGCUAGGGUUAGCUGUCGAAACGCCAGCUAUUAAAUGUCUUCCAGAACGGUCAACAAUUUACGUUACUUGUCAGCUUAGUUGAUAAAGCUUGUAAUUUUUUUGUUGGGGGUAACUGAUACAAGAAGUAUCAUUUGGUGUAUAAAUCUCCCUCGUGCCAAACGUUAACUGCUACAUUGAAACUCCGAUAUAAAAAAAGUCCCUGUAAUAGACUAGGGACUGGAACAAUACUAUGUUGCUGUCUUUUCACAUUUUUAUUACAACUGGAACGAAAAGUUUUAAUUCCUUAUACUGAAGUGUUUGUACUGGUAUUAAAGUAGUUCACGGAAGAAAUUCGAUCGACCACGAUCGAAAACCUUCUCUCUCCCUCCCCCUUUGGCAAGUUGAUGAUGAUGUACGGGCCAAUUAUAAAGAUCAUAUCCGUUCAGUCAAACUCCACCGAUUGUCCGAUACAAUCUCACUCCAAUUGCUAUUAGGAAUGCGUUCUUCCACGUCAAACGCAGUCACUAGGAGUUUGUUAUAUUGGGGUCUCAUUGUAUUCAACAAUAACCAAGUCAUUGUUCCCUUAAACGUCGGAUUGUGACUUAUCCGGCUUUGAACAUUAUCCACAUAACAUGAAUACCGCGAUGCCAUUUUACUCUAGUUAUUUAACCUUUACAUCGCGAAUUAUUAGGUCAAUGGCAUUAGCUACAUCGGUCUCUGUUUGUAACAAGCAAAGAUUUCAUAGAGUUCUUGAACAUUAAUUGUAUCGGAUUUGUGGCUUUUUGAACUUACGCUGUCACCUGAGACGCUAACAAGAUCAUUCGUUUUAAAACAACGAUAAAAGAAUGUAGAUUUAUUUUCUCUUUUCUUGCGUGCGUAAUUUCGGUUUCAAAAUAUGCUGUUUAGUUAUCUGAAGAAAAAAAACCCUGUGAAGGAAUCAUCGUAAAAGUGAGACUAACUGUCUGACUUGAACUAAUUUUAGGUCUGUAAGUCGAUAUCAAUACUUUGGCCACAAGUAUUGUUGUCUCCAAAUUUUUAAUAUUCAGAUUUCUCAAAAAACUAGAAGGAGAAAAAACUAAAAUUAGUCUCAUUGUUUGGGAAAAACAACCAAUUUAUUUUCUCUAAAGAAACUAUGAUAUGCCUUUUAACCAAGCAGGUCGUUUAUUGUACAUAUUUCAUAAGAUUUUUUUUCACCUCUAGAACUGAAGAACUUUACAAUUUCUAUUCCUAAAUUGUUCUUUCCAGCUACACGACAAACGUCAACUAAAUGUAAAUUUCUUGUUGUAAGUUAUCUCUAUAGCUACAGGGUUUGAAAUAUCACCAGGUGAGAGGUAACAAUAUCAGUGAUAUUUGUUUCUCGUAGUAGAUUGUUAAAAGGACUUACUUUGCAAACUCUUGUAUUUACUGUUUCCAUUUUCAUAGUUAACAAGUACAGCUGUCGGUUGUGGGUAUCACUCACUGGAAAUUUCUUCUUUAUUUUUUUCUUGCCUUUUUUGUACUUAAGAAAACAAGUGUGAAGACAUUUUUUGAUAACAUUUGAUUUCCAAGUGAAAUUAUUUUAUGUCGUUUAUAUUUGUUAGUUUAUUU